CAAGCUGGCCGAGACCUACUGCGUGUGUCACCUGGCCACGGGGGACAUGCUGCGGGCCAUGGUGGCCUCGGGCUCCGAGCUGGGCCGCCGCCUCAAGGAGACCAUGGACUCGGGGAAGCUGGUCAGCGACGAGAUGGUGGUGGAGCUCAUCGAGAAGAACCUGGACUCGCCUCCCUGCAGGAACGGCUUCCUGCUCGACGGCUUCCCCCGCACCGUGAAGCAGGCGGAGAUGCUGGACGAGCUCCUGGAGAAGAGGAGAGAGAAGCUGGACUCUGUCAUCGAGUUCAGCAUCCCUGACUCCUUGCUCAUCCGGAGGAUCACUGGGCGGCUGAUUCACCCGGCGAGCGGCCGUUCCUACCACGAGGAGUUCAGACCCCCGAAAGAGCCCAUGAAGGACGAUGUCACCGGAGAGGCCCUGGUGCGGCGCUCGGAUGACAACGAAGCAGCCUUGCGGACACGCCUGCAGGCCUAUCACACGCAGACCGCGCCGCUCGUCUCCUACUACAGCAAGCGCGGGCUCCACACGGCCGUGGACGCUGCCCAGUCGCCCGACGUGGUCUUUGCCAGCAUCCUGGCAGCCUUCUCGAGAGCAACAUCUGAGACUCCGUGACCCAGAUGAGGCACCACCAAACGCUGCACGCUCUGCUCCAUCACCCAUUGGGUUCCUCCCGGGGGGCACGGGGCACACAGGGUGGGCAACGGAGAAGGGGUUCGACUGAUAAGAGGGGGAAAGGAGCUGGCAGCCAAGGGGAAUUGGGCUUAUUUGUUUGGGGUUUUGUUUUUUGAGGGGGGAUUUUUUUUAUUCACCAGAAUCGUUUUGAAGAGGAGACGACAUCCUUAACAAUCAGUGUUUGGAGGCAAAACAACUGUAGAGGGAAAUAUCCGGGCCAAUGAUCAGAUACAGGUCUUUGACCUGCGAGGAGGACAGGGCUAGGUGCCAGCUGGGGCUUCUCCAGGAAUUCCAGUGCCGGUCUGAGGCGCCCCUGGGACUCCAGGGCUAGUGGGAAGUUCACUGUGAUUCCGACAUGAAUAAGCGACUCUGUAGCUCAGGAACUGAAAGUGAAAAGAGAGGCUGGGGUCUUUUCCCCGUAGUUUUGUGUUCUGUUGUUCCAUGGCAGCCCCAGCAUUUACUGCUCUAGGUUUUUCUGCCACUGAACAGGGGGGAAUGGGGCUCUGGUCACCCUACCUGGUGACAGGGUGACUUUCCUGUGGUCUUGAGCGAACUGGAAUUCACGUAGAGCUCAAGAAAUGCACCGGAGUUUCUUACUCGACUACAAAAAUGACACUUAAUGGGUGUUUGCAUUUCUUUAUAGAUCAAAUGGUGCCUUGUCUAAACUGUGGAUCGAUAAUAAAAUAACCCCUUUACAUUU